AUGCUCGAGGACAUCCUCAUGGACGUCGUGCUAGAAUCUCACCAGCAGAUCGCGCGCUCCAGAGCCAUCUGCGAUAUAUGCCACACACGAUGUAACGCAGUCCACGUUCCCGGACCGUCCAAUCCGUCCUUGCAAGCUGGAGCCUCUUCGUCGAGGGUAGCCUCUCCUGCAGGUGAAGGAAAGUCUGCGGACGCGAAUGGUUCUGCGGGAACAGGCACAAGCACUCCGCUCAAUGGAAAUGGGAAAGACGGCACCGUCUACCUUGAAUGCUUGAACUGCAAGAGACAGAUCGCAUCCACCCGAUACGCAACCCACUUGAGCUCCUGCUUGGGUCUCGCGAACUCCCGCAGAGGUGCAGCGCGGAACGCUACCACGAAAGCAAAGCUUGCUUCUGACGCCGGUAGAUCCGCUUCACCGUAUCUUGAGUCAGAGGUUGGGAACAUUUCUGACGACGGUAAGACUACUACGAAGGGCAAAGGCAAGUCGAAGGCCAAACGGACAGACGAAGCGGAAUUCAGCUUGAAUCGCAAGCGCCCUGGUUCUCCCUCCGUGUCACCAUCAAAGAAACAGAAGAAGGCGAAGAUAAGUGGCUCGCCCAUAGCCCGGGCAAAAGUGGAACCAGACGGUCCUGGGUCACCCAGCAGUGCCUACUCUCUUCCUAUAUCUAACUCGCAGUCGAAAAUUCCCUCGAGAUUGAGAGAGUCGUCAAUUGCAUCUUCAUUCUACCGAGAGCGACAUUCCUCGUCGCCCGGAUCCCCGUCACCCGGUUCUUCUCCCGCCCGCUCUAUCUCCACCGCUCCAUCUGCUCCAUCUACUCACAGUCCUUCACUCGUCUCUUACGCUGCCCAGAAAUCGAAGCCAAGGGGUGGUAAAGGUCCCAGAGCUCCUGUAAAACAGCCAAACCCUCCGCUUCCACCACCCCCCAUCAUCAGGGUGCCGGAGCCAGAUUAUCUAGUUGGUGCGUUCCCAGACGUUCCGUACACCUCCUGA